AAACGGUGAAGCGCAUGACAGAACGUUAGCGGCGCUAGUGCAAUAUGCGUUGUUGAACCGCGCCGGUGCCUUAGUUAAGAAAUAAGGUGUGUACGAUAUCUAACCGGAUUCUUCAUCGCGGUUCUCCUUCAGUGCGACGGCUACGGGAAAGCGCAGCUCUAUUUUCUCGUGCACUUAUCUCGCCAAUCGAGGAUUGACAGAGCUCUAGAGAAGAACGAGUGAAAAUGGCGAGGCAAAUCAAUCACGUCAUACUAAUUGGCACACUAUUGGCCAGUGCAUAUGUCAUUGAGGGGGCAAGCAUCGCAUCUUGGGUCAACGAUUUUACGAGCAAUCUUAAUCGUAAUCUUAAUAACAUGAUUCAACAAAUUAAUGCACAGGUGGCAUAUUUGACCGACGAUAUUCAAAAAAAUAUUGAGAAUUUUCCAAGAGAUGCAGAAGGAAAUUUAAUCACUAAUAGCAGCAGUAUUAGCAGUAUAAUCACUAAUAAUGGAAAAAUUGUAACCAUAAUUGAUGGUGUAUCAACAACGAUUACGAGCGGUCGCACAGCAAAUGGAGAACCGUAUAUACACGAAGUCGUAGAGAAACGCAUAGGAGAUAUGCUUUAUCACAAUGAAACUACUACGAAUCCCGAAACUGGUGCCACCAAGACGAUUGCCUGGAAAUUGAACCUCGCCAUUCCAGGUUCUAAGCCGGAAAUUAUUACAAAGAAAAAUGAAAAAUAAAACGAUGUGUUUUUUAUGUGUGUAUUUCUACACACAUUUCUUAUAUUUUAUUAUAUAAUUUACUGUUUGAUUAUAUAUAUAUAUAUAUAUAUAUAUAUAUAUAUAUAUAUAUAUAUUUUGUUUUAAAUAAAUUAUAUUAAUUAAAGUCAAUAAGAGAUUACAUUAUAGUGCUGUGAAAAAUUGAUAGAGAGUAAUAUAAAAAUCAAGACAAGAUAUAAGAAAGAGAGAGAGAGUAUGUAGUUAAGAGAGACUAGACGAUUUGUAAAAAUAUAUUAUGAUGCAUAAUAAA